AUGGACACUACCAACACUUCUUCCCCUCCGCUCUUCGAAGGCUCUUCGUCGUUUGUCUCUCGUCAUCAUCAUGAAGAAGAUAAAAAACGAACCAAACUGAAAGAUGAAGAAGAAGAAGAAGAAAACACAAUCAUGAUUACAACAAACCAAUCUUCAUCCAAUACGAACCCAAUGACAACUAUUCCGCAAGUACUUGAAGUAACAGGAGUGAAUCAACAACAGCAACAACAGAAUUCAUCGGUUGCUGAUUCGUCCUUGCCAUCGUCCUCUUCUCCAACAACAUUGACUCGAAAUUAUUCCUCUUCCAAUCAACUUCAAGUCAAAUACUUGACACAUUUGAAUACCAAGAAUUGGCAAGUGGAUUUUAAUAAUUUUGCACUUGUCGAUACUUCAAAUAUUCAAAAUAAGGAAUUACUUGAAUUUUAUGAAAAACAAAAUGAAAUGGUUGAUGAAUAUGCAAAACUCUACAAGACGAAAUUAGAAAGUAGAAAUACUGAAGAAGCAGAAACUCAGGACAAUGAAGAAGGAAAUGAAACAGGAGGAACAACUCAUUUCGAAGUUUCAAGCGAUGGUGACGAUUCGAUCAAGAGAAGAAAUCCAGUUCAGUCGCCUCAAUUUGGAAAUGAAGAACACAUGUUUGAAACAGAAGAAACAGUGUCACCUGCCAUGAAGAAAUUAGAAAAUAUUUGUAUUCACUUGUCGUUUUGGGUGAAUGUGUGCUUGUUCUUGUUGAAAUGUUCAGCAAGUUUAUUGAGCGUUUCAUUGAGUGUGAUCACUUCAGCGAUUGACUCUGCUUUGGAUUUAUUGAGUGGAUUAAUUAUUUACAUUACAUCGAUUAUUCGAAAAAAGAAGAACAAUAUUUAUCAGUACCCCAUUGGAAGGAAUCGUUUGGAGCCAUUGGGAUUUGUAAUUUUUGCGACCUGUAUGUGCACAGCAUCGUUGCAAAUUAUUAAGGAAGGUUUGACACAAAUUGUGACUGGACUCAUUACAGGAGAGCCCUAUCUCAUUCGUGACGAUUCUUCAGGAAAUGCCAACGUUGAAUGGAUGUUUGGUAUAAUGAUUUCACAACGAGUUUCCACAAUUUUCUAUUACUAUGGUUUGGGAGUUUUACUUUUAACCAUUACUGUGAAAUUUAUUCUCUUUUUGAUUUGUCGACAAGUGAAGCACUCUCCAAGUGUUAUUGCCUAUGCCUUUGAUCAUCGAAAUGAUGUCUUGUCGAAUACUGUCCUUGUCAUUUCUGUAUUUUUGAGCAAAAUGUUGUGGUGGUUUGAUUCACUGGGUGCUACUAUUUUGAGUGUUUACAUUAUUAAGAGUUGGAUUGAAGAAUCGAUGGAACAUAUUACAAAACUUGUAGGACUAGCUGCCGAUUCAGAAUAUCAUCAAAAACUGACUUUCAUCGCUCUCAAUCACAGUCCUCUCAUUACCAAAGUCGACACAGUCCUCGCCUAUUACAGUGGCUCGAAUAUCAUUGUUGAAAUUGAUAUUGUCUUGCCAGAAGAUACUCCUUUAAAGGAAAGUCAUGACGUCGGAGAGUCUCUACAAAAGAAGAUUGAAUCAUUGCCCGAUGUAGAACGAUGUUAUGUCCAUAUGGAUUAUGAAUAUGAUCAUAGAAAAGAUUACGAACACGUGAUUAAGGAUGAAUAA